AUGACUUUCUUCUUUGCUUUUCUAGGAUCUAGUUCAGGAUCAAAAUUAAAAGUUCCUGAGCUGAGUAUAAAUGGCACACAGCACGUCAUUCAAGCAGGCCAGACUUUAAAUCUCACAUGCAGGGGGGAAAUGGUUCAUUCAUGGUCUUUGCCUGAAACUCUAAGUAAGGAUAGCAAAAGGCUGAAAGUAAUUAAAUACGCCUGUGGAAGGAAUGGGAAGCACUCUUGUAGUAGUCUGACCUUGAGCAGAACUCAAGCAAGUGACACUGGAAACUAUAGCUGCAAAUAUCCAACAAGUGCUGUGAAAAAGAAGAAGGAAUCUACAGUCUAUGUAUUUAUUAAUGAUACAGGCAGUCCGUUUGUAGAGAUGCACAGUGACAUACCUAAAAUAAUACACAUGACCGUGGGAAGAGAAAUGAUCAUUCCAUGCAGAGUCACAGCACCGAACAUUGCUGUUACUUUGAAAAAGAUUCCACGAGAAACUCUAAUUCCUGAUGGCAAGACAAUCAUCUGGGACAACAUGAAAGGUUUCAGGAUACCUAAGGCAACGUACAAAUUCAUAGGGCUCCUGAGCUGUGAGACAACUCUUGGGGGACACAAGUAUAGUACGAAGUAUCUAACACACCGAGAAACCAACACAAUUUUUGAUGUCCAGUUAAGCACCCCGCGACUUGUCAAGUUGCUCAAAGGAGACAGCCUGGUGAUUAAUUGCACUGUCACUGCAGCCUGGAACACGAGAGUGCAGAUGACGUGGACUUAUCCUGGAGAGGCAAGGAAGAGAGGUUCUAUAACCCAGCGUAUUGACCAGAAGAAUACAGAAGCCAAUAGUUUCUAUAGUAUUCUCAUUGUCGAAAGGGUGCGUGAUAUUGAUAGAGGCCAGUAUACCUGCCACGUGAAGAGUGGGCCAUCAAUCAAAUCUGUUAACACAACAGUCCUUGUUUAUGACAAAAUGUUCAUUAAUUUGAAACAUCGAAGAAAAACUGCGCUGGAGGCUGUAGCUGGAAGAAAAUCCUAUCGUUUGUCAGUGAAAGUGAAGGCAUUUCCCUCACCAGAGGUUUUAUGGCUAAAAGAUGGGCUACCUGCUGCUGAAAAAUGUGCCCGGUACAUGAUAAAAGACUAUUCAUUAAUCAUCAAGGAUGUUGCUGAAGAAGAUGCUGGGAACUACACUAUAAUAUUGAGCAUACGGCAGUGGAACUUGUCCAAGAAUCUUACUGUCACUCUUAGAGUAAAUGUGAAACCCCAGAUAUAUGAAAAUGCUGUGUCAUCAUUCCCUGAUCCCAAUCCAUAUUUACUGGGCAGCAAUCAAGUGCUGACAUGCACUGUUUAUGGUAUUCCUCAGCCUAAAAUCACAUGGAUGUGGUAUCCCUGUAAACAAAACCAUUCUAAAACAAGGUAG